AUACAUACCCCGGAAGUGCUCAUGGUUGCGCGGUCUUUUAGGACAACACAUCUCCCUACAACACUGUGCAGAAAUGGCGGGAGUAAACAACAUGGAGAAGAAACUGGCUGAAUAUAAAUGUGACACCAAUGAAGCCAUUUGCUUAAAGCUAAUUCGAUUUCCAGAGGACGUUGAAGAUGAUGGCACUACUUUUCACCCAGAGUAUAGCCACCAGCUUUUUGGAGAUGAUGAGGUGGCUUUUGGUUACAAAGGUCUCCAGAUACAGCUCUUUUACACAGCUGGAAACCUGAGCACUCUCUUCAAAGUGAAAUACUUAUCCAAAGUCACUGACACGUUUGACUGUGUGGAGCCAGAUGAUGUGGACGGAAAGAUUCGGGAAAUCGUCCCUGCUGGGUUCACCUGCAAUGCAGAUGACUUCAUCACGUUACUGGAGAAGGAGGCCAAUUUCAGGCCCUUUGGCACCCUGCUGCACGCGUACACAGUCCACAAUGAGGAAGCAGGACAACUCACAUACCAGAUUCACAAGGCUGACUUGAGCUUCCCGGGAUUCCGUGAGUACCACGAGCGCCUCCAGACCUUCCUCAUGUGGUUCAUCGAGACCGCCAGCUUCAUCGAUGUCGAUGACGAUCGUUGGGACUUCUUUCUUGUAUUUGAAAAGUACAAUAAAGAUGGGGAGACCCUCUACGCAACCAUUGGCUACAUGACAGUUUAUAAUUACUACGUGUACCCAGACAAAACCCGGCCACGUGUAAGCCAAAUGCUGAUCUUGCCUCCAUUCCAAGGAGAAGGUCAUGGAGCACAACUCCUGGAGGCGGUGCACAGAUUUUAUUGUGGCAUGCCCAAAGUUCAAGACAUCACAGCUGAAGAUCCUUCUGAGAGCUACGUGAUGCUGCGGGACUAUGUGCUGGUCAAGCUGUGUCAGAGCUUGCCGUCCUUUGCUGAGGACAAACUGCACCUGGGCCUGUCAGCUGAAAUGGUGGAAGAGGCGCAAACAAAGCUGAAAAUCAACAAGAAACAUGCAAGGAGAGUGUACGAAAUCCUGCGUCUGAGAGCAACAGACAUGAGUGAUGAGGAGAAAGCAAGAGUGUACCGCUUGGAGGUGAAGAAGAGGCUGUUUGGGCCAUACAGGAAGAAUCAGAGAGAGCUGACAAAGAUGAGGAAGUGUCUGCGUCCCGAGGAGCUGGUGUCCCACUUGGGUCAGAUGGACACUCAGAUGCAGCACCAAGAGCUGGAGAAGAGCUAUCAGCUGGUUGUGGAAGACUACCGGAGAAUCAUCGAGAGGCUGGCGACGCACGCCUGAUGAGGAGACCUUGCUGUUUGUGUGUACAAAGCCCUGAACUCGUGCUGUUGUGACCAACAAGAGACACUGGUUAAGUUGUCAAAUGAAACCGUGAUGGAGGAAUAGUGCAGCUGGGGUGGGGCCACACUUCCUGUUUGUCCCACAUGUCGUGUUUAUAGAUCUCGUUCUCAACAUUUCCCGUUGUCCCACUCUUUUGCAGCACUUCAAAUAAAAAAGGUAUUUGUAGGUGGUGCCUUGUGCAUUUCUUCACUAAUAAUGAUGGAGAUGCUCAAUAUCAGCUUUCUUACCGAUAUCGUCAUUGCUGAUAUCGGCAGGGGCUCUUCCCCCAAACUAGUGAAAACAUAAUGCUGCUUCUACUGGGUGCAUUUCACAGACAGUUUGUGCAAAAUAAGACAAAUGCUGCAAAAUGUUUUACAAGUUAUAGAAAAAGUGUCAAAACGCAGCGUGUGACUCUUUGAGUGAUUCUUCCUGGGGUGUGAUAUCACAUUAGGGUUGUCUUCUUUCAAUACUUCCAAAGUCGGACUUUAGUUGUGCAUUUCCUUAGUUUUUACGUUGUUUCCUGUUUUGUGCUCUUAGUUUGGUUUUGUUUCUGUUGAGGGUUUUUUUUUCCAAUUAAAAAAAAAAAAAAAAAAGAUCUAUUUUCUAAUUAGGAGUCUAUUGGCUGACUUGUGUUCUUUUGGAGGUGUUUUAAUAAGCAGAAUAGUUGUGUCCUAUUACGUACAUGAAUUAGCUGCCUCUUUGUAGCUGUUUUUAUAUCUUUAGAACGCACAAAAAAUGAUGUGCGUUCAUGUCUCAUAUGAUUGUGGAUGAUGAGCAAAAUUACAAAAAAAACCCCAGCACUUUUCCGUUUAAGCAAACAAAAAUAUACAUCCUAGUCUGGAAUUAGCCAUAAGAUGCAAAUAUCAUUAUUCAUAAUAAUUCAUAAUUCAAAUCAGACAUUCAUCAGGACAACUCUGAAUCAAAAUACAUGGCAAAGACUAUAUGGCACCUACAGUUUCCUGCUUGUUGCCAUUGGCAGGUACUUUGCACUCGCUGGAAAGUGCGUGCAGUGGUACCUGUUUCUCAUCAGUAGUAGUAGGGGUGUCACGAGCCGAGAUUGUACCAUCACUUUUAAGAAAUGUACAAUGGAAUUUUUUUUUUAUCACAAUAUAUUGCAAUCUACUCAUUUCAUUUCUGCUACGUUACCUUGCAUUGCUCUUCACAAGGGUACACUCUUGUGCACUGUGUGAAUGCUAGCGGCGCCGCCUCCACCCACCAAGAGAAAGAGACC